AUGAAUGGAAGUAGUGCAGGUUAUGUGUGUGAAGUACUAGCCAGACAGGAGCUGCCCUCGCUGAACCCAGAAAACAGUAGAGGCUUUCCUAGAUCCCAGGAGCCACAGCACAUUCUCUGUACGAUAUUCCUUUUGCUGUAUUGUGUCAUUCCUGGGAAACACGAUUAUCAUGAUUGUGUUGACAAACGCCUGUGGUCCCCCAUGUAUUUCCUCCUUGCACUUCCUGUCCUGGAGAUCCUGCUCACAACUAUAAUUGUUCCUGUGAAACUUUGGGUGCUGAUCUCUGGAACCCAGAAAAUACCUCUGAAUGGCUGUAUUGUCCAACUUUUCCUGUAUCUCUCUCUCUCUCUCUCUGGACCGCUGAGCUUUGUCUUGCUCAGAGCCAUGGCUGUGGACUGUUUUGUGGUUGUCUGUAACCCUUUGAGGUACAACGUAUUCAUGAGCAGCUGCACCUACAUCUGCAUGGUAACUGUGUCAUGGGUACUUGGGUUCCUUUCUGAAAUCUGGCCAGUCUAUGCCACCUUUCAAUUCACUUUCUGCAAAUCACAUGUUAUAGUCCAUUUUUACUGUGACCGAGGACAGUUGCUCAACCUCUCCUGUGAUGACACUCUUCUGACAGAGUCCAUCCUUUUUCUAAUGGCUGUUUUCAUUAUCAUUGGUUCUUUGAGCCCUGCAGUCUUCUCCUACAUCUCCAUCAUAUCCAUCAUCUCCAAGAUCCCCUCAGCCUCUGGCCGGAGGAAAGCUUUCUCUACCUGUCAGGACUACCAUCACAGUCCUCUAUGA